AUGGCCUUUUACGUAGCCGUGUUAAGCCUGCUUAUCUGGGGGAUUAAUUCCAUUGCUCUUGAAGGUAAUUGCUCAACACCUCAAGUAGAUCUGGGCUAUGAAAUCCACGAAGGCGUUUACAAUGCAACGGGGCAGUUCUACAACUUCUCCAAUAUCCCUUACGCACAGCCGCCACUUGGAGAUCUUCGCUUUCAAGCUCCUGUUCCGUUCGACGUAGAUUGCCCGACAACGCCUAAGCCAUUAAAUAACGGCUCAAGGUUUUCAGUGUGUCCUCAAGGUGCACCAGCCUGGACAAGUGUCGCCGUGAAGUGGCUUACUGAAGGAAUUGGUGCUAUCAACCAAUCAGCGGGCUACCAGCCUCCUAAUAUCACAACGCUACCAACUGUGGCGUAUGGAACAAGUGAAGACUGUCUUGUGCUGGAUAUUCUUUCACCAAAAAAUAUCUUCGAAAGCAGAGGGCAGGGACGAGGAGCUGCAGUGUUGGUAUGGAUUCAUGGAGGAGGUUACACUCUAGGUUGGAAGACUCUUUAUGGAAGUGGCGCAGGAUUGGUCAGAGCCAGUGAGAGUAAUGGGAAAGAAGGCGUGAUAUAUGUGGCGAUCAACUAUCGGCUUGGACUCUUCGGUUUCCUCUCGGGGCCCACGUUUCAAAUGAAUGGAACAGCCAAUGCUGGUCUACUAGACCAAAGAAUGGCGCUCGAGUGGAUUCAACAGAACAUUGCAAAGUUCGGCGGAGAUCCUCAUCGAGUUACAGUCAUGGGAGAAUCGGCUGGAGGUGGGAGCACAAUCCACCAAAUUACUGCUUACGGAGGUUCGAGGGGACCAGCACCCUUUCAACAAGCCAUCAUUCAAAGCGGCGCAUUUCUCCCAGUUCCCACCAACAAACGAAAGGAAGACCUAUUCCAGCGCUUUUUAGCUACGGCAAAUGUGAGCACCCUGCAGGAAGCGAGGAAACUGCCCACUCAUGCAUUACAACUUACCAAUGCAAUUAUGGUUGGAGAAGCACCGUAUGGGGACUUUACAUUCAGUAAGAUUUCCUACCCAUCUAGCAACCUGCACGUAUAUGACUUUCCAACUAACGAUGCGUUCAUAGACCCCGUCGUCGACGGAAGUUUCGCACCAGCUCUUCCCGGCCCCUUGCUCCUCGACGGACAGUUUGACAAAUCGAUCAAAAUAGUAACCGGGCAUAACAUCAACGAAGGAAUCUUCUUCACGUCGCCCUUCGUCCCUACGCCCGCAACCUUCGACCAAAACGUCAUCCUUGUCUCCUUCCCCAACACCAAUGCUAGCAACACGCUCAACUACAUCACCCAGACGCUCUACCCGCCCAUCUUCAAUGGCACCUACAACUACACGAACCAGAUCGCGCGCGCCGCCGAGAUUGUCGGCGAGGCGCUGUUCUCCUGUAAUGCCAACUAUCUGGACCGCGCGUUCGGGAAUAGGUCGUAUAGCUAUCAGUUCAGCGUCGCGCCGUCGCUUCACGGCGACGACGUGCCGUAUACGUUUUACCAGAGCCCGAACAGUGCCGUGCUGAACGAUACGCUUGCCGUUGAGAUGCAGGAGUACUUUACGAACUUUGCGAUUAAUGGCGAUCCAAAUGGAGGUGGGCUGCCGCGGUUCCCAACGUAUUAUGAGGAUUCGCCUGAUGGGAUAGUGUUGGACUUGAAUGUGUCGUCUAUUUCGACGAUUCCGGAUGUGCUGGCUAAUCAGAGGUGUGCUUGGUGGCAGAAGGCGCUGUAUUUUUGA